ACGAAAUUUUGUAAGUUGUUAAGUCUAAGACAUCAUGGUCGUGGCACGACCGUUGAACGGUUCAAAACCAUUAGACGAGGACGAGGACGAGCCCGCAGCUUGUAUUUACUACUACCUCUCACUGCCAGUGAGCACUUAUACGAGUUGCUUGCAUGUCUGCUUUCUUUGUCCUCACUUCCACCACAAGACAUGUUACUAGAUCUCAUCUCGAUCUCAAGUGGGUCGGACAGGCGGUCUGAACCCCAACAUUCUGCGGCGAGCAUGACAAGUCUUCGGUAUGACUCCUGGUCUUGGUUCAACCACUGUGCAGCCAACUCCCUUGUUAUCCGUAAUGCAUCGCACACCGAGCUUGGACAACCUGGUCGACGAUAUUCUCCUACAGAUCUUCCAGACCUUGUCAGUGCAAGAAAUAUUGACACUAAGACAGACCUCCAAACCGUCUGGUAUGUGGCAUUUCUGCACUGAAGUAUUAGCCCGCCACCUUCCACCCCCUGGGCCUUUUCAUGCUUUACCUGCUCUGCCUUCUGCGGAUUUGGAGCAUCGCACGGUGUUGGCUCUUUCCCUUGAGAAACGUUGGCCACGAUCUACGCCUAAAGUCAUUGUGUCGAGCAGAAAAGGAGAAAUUGUCGACCAGAUCCUGCUUAUCCCUGGUGGAACGCAGGUCUUGACUGUCCAUGGAAACACAGUGGGGCCGCGCAGAAAACUUCAAAGAGUUGGAGAGUGGUCGUCACCGAGUGAUGAUACUUGCACAGUUGUAAAGGAUACAGAUGGUCAGGGAAUUAUUGCCAUCGGUUGCAGAGACAAACCAAACAAACACGCCACUGUAUUCUCUCUCACCUUGAAGCCUGCGCUCAGCAAGCUAUGUGACUACUCUCUCAUCCCUGGUACUAUCGCAGGGAUAUCGCAACACCUCCUUUUCCUAGAUACUACGUCAGAGCACGGCGGCGGCGGUCUCGAGCUCCUAGAUUGGCAUGCUCAGACAAAAGGCACUGCCCUACUCCCACGUAUACCUGAUCUGUUUGGACCAUAUCUAGGCUUCGUCCAUUUCUCCGACCAUAUCCUUGUAGCAUGGGAGACAUGCAUUAGCGCGUUCCCGGUGCCUGACAUACCUGCUCAGGGACGGAUGGUGAUCCCCCAUACGAAAGUGUUCAUGUAUUCUGAGCCCAUCAGCUCGCCUGUUGCCUUCACGACUUGUGUCCCUCGAGGAACACCUUCCCUUACAAUUGUCGCGCGUCCCAAGGACAUGUUGGGCAGGAUCGCUCUGUCGAUGCUUAUUCCAUUAGGCAACGAUGACGAUUCAAAACAUCCGUCCAGCUUUCCAUAUCGGCUUCUCCGAUUAUCUCCAUUUGUUCCCGGUGUGCUAGGAGAUAUAGACAGGGGUUUAAGGGGGCAGGAGUGCACGCAGAUAUGUAUGGGCUCGUCUGGGCGCGGGCUGUGCGUCUUUGGGCGGGAGGUGAGACUUUGCGGGCCAAGUCUGGUGUAUAUGCCCCGGUGUGAGAUGCAGUUCGGCCCUACCUUUGAGACGGGCAAGGCCAUAUAUGAGAUUGAAGCUGGUGGUGACAGUGUGGACUUUGACGAGGGAAUGGGACGGUUAGUAGUUGCGAAGGGAAACGGGGGGCUUUGACGUGGUCCAGCUGGUCUAGUAGCCAAUCGUGUAACGUGUGCAGGAUCCCUCGUGAUGUAUGAGUUAU